AUGGCGGCCGAUUCCGGCGGCCCAAUUUCGACCUUCGGUUCACGUUUUGCUAUAUUGGACGAAACCACGACUGAUGACACCUCUAAAACGAGUAAGAUGGGAAGAAAUAAAAAAAGACUAGCACAGCGCGAAGCUCUUGGAGAAAGUGCAUUCACGAAACAGCAACGACUAGAUAGAGCUGAUAAUGGUUCACGUUUUCUGAUUUUGACUCGAACAGAUGAAGGUGAAACUAUGGACAAGAUUAAUCCAUUUUUCAUCAAGCGAGCCAUCGAUGCCAUAUCUGCUGGCAUCAAAAUCGAAAGAUAUAAGAACGGGACCCUUCUGUUGAAAACUGUGAACAGACAUCAAGCCGAAAAGAUGAUCAAACAAACUAAGCUAACCGACGAAAUCAACAUAGCUGUCACUGAUCACCCUUCGAUGAAUAAGUCUAAAGGAACGAUAUUCUGCCCAGAUUUGAUAAUGAUGAAAGACGAAGAAAUUGUAAAAGAGCUCGCUUCUAGUCACGUUACUGAGGUCAAGCGCAUUACCCGGAAAAACAGCAAAGGAAAGUUCGAAGAAACAGGUGCUUUUAUCCUCACUUUCGAUUUGGGCACAUUGCCAAAUUCGAUCGACGCAGCUUUUUAUCAGUGCAAAGUACGUCCCUACGUUCCCUUCCCGCUUCGAUGUAUGACCUGUCUGAGAUACGGACACAAAAAAGACCAGUGCAAGGGAAACGGUAUCUGUGCCAAUUGUGCCAAUCUGUUUCACGACAAGACACCAUGUGCUACAACGGUCACUUGUGUAAACUGUCGUGGAAACCACUCAGCACUCUCCCGUGAGUGUCCGAUCUUUAUUGAUGAGUUCGAGAUCCAACGGAUUAGAGUCGAGGAGAGAGUCUCUCUGAAAGAUGCUAGACGACUUCGACGCCUACGGGUACCCAGCGUAACUACAGUUCAACCAAGAUUGAGAGAGAGUUUUGCUUCAACUCUACGUAAAGGACGAGGAGAGGAAAACCAACAAUCAAUUUCCGGGAACUCAACAACAAACCAACCAUCAAAAAUUGAAACUACCAACCAAACAUCAACAAUCGAAACAACCAACAAAAACAUCGAAUCUUCAAAAACAUCGUUAGAAAACAACAACCAAGAGAAAUCGGAAACCAACUCUCAAUCUCUGUCAUGGGCUGAUAUGAUGGAGACUCCUAGUACAUCAUCGUCGGAGACCACAACGCAGCAACAAUCAAACGAUAAAAAAACAUCGCUCGAAACAACAACCCAGGAAACAUCAGGUUCAAAUUUAUCAGCGCAGAUAAAUGAUGAACCUUUACCACAACGAUUAGAUCACGCAAAUAGGUUUAAUGAUAACUCUUAA